GUUUUGGAAAAAACUAGACGAGUCGAGUCGAAAUGGAGAAACUGAAGGUAGUUCUGUGCAAGUUCUUUUUUAAUCAGAGUCCGAAGGCGACGGAUGGGGAGAAGUACGACCACGUGGUGACCAUCGAGGACGCGGAUGAACGGACUGAAGUGAAGCGAAUUUCGCCCAAAACGGACAAGAAAAAAGAGCACUACAAGUUUGCGUUUAUGACGGAUGUUUUCGUCUGCUGCCUGAUUUGUUUACUGUGGGCGACGAUUUUUUCCUUGUUUGUGCGUUUCGUGAUUGUGGUACCGACCGACAAGAACAACCUGCACGAGUACCUAUACAUAACAGGUUGCUUCGUGAUCAUCUUGAUCGUGAGCGUGAGCAGCAUCCAAUUUGAGUCCUUGUUUGUCAAGCGGCUUGAGCGGUUCACGCCGAAGGUCGCCGUCGUGGUGAAGAAGAACCAAGCUAAAAAGUCGUACAUUUUGAGAAUACGGAUGGCUGGUGACAAGGAGUUUAUUGAGACCGAGCUGGACGAAACCAAGUUGAGCUACGACGAGGUUUUGGAGGUUUGCUGCAGAGAGUUGAAGGUGGAAAAAAAGGAAGUGCAACGUUUGUGGAAGGUCCCGGAGACGAGGAUCCGCGGCGACGAAGACAUCAAGAGAUUCCGGCGUUUGGAGUACCUCGAGGUCCACGUUUGAACCAUUUUGCAUUGUGUUA